CCCUGGAAGAAAGCGUGAUUUUUCACCAGUGCUUUGGAGCCAGUAUUUUGAAUCUAUGGAGGACGUUGUGGUAGAAAAUGAAACUGGCAACGAUUUUUCGAAUUUACAAAAGCGGGCUGGAGGGCCCCGUCCUGCUGCUGCUGCACGGUGGAGGCCAUUCUGCUCUUUCCUGGGCUGUGUUCACUUCUGCAAUCAUUAACAGGAUUCAGUGUAGGAUUGUGGCUUUAGAUCUCCGAGGCCACGGAGAAACAAAAGUUAGGAACCCUGAAGAUCUGUCUGCAGAGACUAUGUCAAAAGACGUUGGAAAUGUGGUUGAAGCUCUCUACGGGGACCUUCCUCCCCCUAUCAUGCUGAUUGGGCACAGCAUGGGCGGUGCCAUCGCCGUGCACACGGCCGUCGCCAAUUUGGUGCCGAGUUUACUGGGUCUCUGCAUGAUCGACGUGGUGGAAGGUACAGCCAUGGACGCCUUGAACAGCAUGCAGAACUUCUUAAGGAGUCGUCCCAAAACGUUCAAGUCCCUUGAGAAUGCCAUUGAGUGGAGUGUUAAAAGUGGACAAAUAAGAAACCUUGAGUCUGCCAGAGUUUCUAUGGUCGGUCAAGUCAAACAAUGCGAAGGGGCUGCCAGUCCUGAAUGUCCUAAAGCCAUAGUGGAGGGUAUUAUUGAAGAAGAAGAGGAGGAGGAAGAGGAUGAAGAAGGAGGAGGCUCUGUCAACAAAAGGAAGAAAGAAGAUGACACAGAGACAAAGAAGGAGCACUUAUACACGUGGCGAAUUGAACUGGCAAAAACAGAGAAGUACUGGGAUGGCUGGUUCAGGGGUCUGUCUAACCUCUUCCUAAGCUGCCCAACUCCAAAGCUUUUGCUUUUAGCUGGUGUUGACAGGCUGGAUAAAGAUCUAACAAUUGGACAGAUGCAAGGGAAGUUUCAGAUGCAGGUCCUCCCACAGUGUGGCCACGCGGUCCAUGAAGAUGCUCCAGACAAGGUUGCUGAAGCUGUUGCGACGUUCCUGAUCCGUCACAGGUUUACAGAGCCCAUCGGUGGAUUCCAGUGUGUGUUUCCUGCUUGUUAAUAUCCUGGUGUUCUCCAGCACUGAGUCCUGUUGUAAAUAAACUGCACCAGAGGCCACUGUGAUGUAUCCAUAUCCUUUCAUCUCUCCAAUUCAGCAGCAGUGAGAAGUUGGUGUGUGAGAUUCAUCCCCUAGAACUAGUUCUCUAGAAUGUGUAAACGCUUUAGGGACUUCCUUGCUGGGAAGCAGCUUGUACUGAAGACGGUGAAAAGCUCCUCAGGCCCUUGGGAGUGGGCUCCUCUCUGCUGCCACAAGGAAAGACCUCCUGAAAUCCCAAGGAAUCCAUCAAACCGAUCUCCAUCGAUUCUCAGGCUUUCUUGGACCCAACUGCAAAGGGGCUGUUGGCUGUCCAGGUCCACCGAGGGCACUGCAGAAUAGCCAAAGGCUCCAGGAUUCCUCCACGGAAUCAUCUAAUCAUCUUGGAAGUGCCCCUUAGGUUUGUUUUUUUUUUAUACACACAUUUCUUUCCCCUAAAGCAGACACGGAAUUGGCUU